AUGUUAUCAACACAGCAUGUAUCAUUAUUACCAAGUAAAAGUGAAUUGUCCAAAGAUUUUAUUGUUAUAUGUUUGCAUGUCAACUUACCCGAUGAAAUGAAUUUUGAAAAUGCUGAUGAAUGUGUUGAUUACAUUAUCAAAAUUAAAAUAGAAAAAGUUUUAUUUGUCAUUUUAUCGAAUGAAUCAUGGAUUAUUGAACUUGUUUAUCAGUUAUCACAAAUAUAUGCAAUUUAUAUUUUAAAUGAUAAUGAGACAAAAUAUGAACAUCAACUAAUAAAUGAUCAUCAACGCAAAGUUCGAGGCAUUUAUAAUCAUAUAAACAUUCUUAUUUCACAAAUACCUAAAGAUUUAAAUUUAUUUUCAAGAAAUUUGAUUUCGUUUAGCAUAUCUGAUAAUAAUGAUUAUGACGAAGAAGAGUCGCUAAGUAAUUUAUUACCGUUAACCUUUAUAAAGCAUAGAUUAUUUCAUAAUUUAUGCAAAAAACGUCGUGUAAUGGAUGCAAAAGAAGAAAUGAUUAAAAUAUGUCGAGAAAAAUAUUCAAACGAUAAAGCAGAAUUGAUCAAAAUCAAUGAUUUUGAAGCAAAUUAUAAGCCAGAUCAAGCUAUCUACUGGUAUACACGAGACUGUUUCGUCUACCGUUUAGUUAAUCAGGCAAUACGAAAACAAAAUAUUGACGACGUUUGUGCUUUUGAUUUUUUUAUAGUUGACCUCUAUCAACAGUUGUGUAAAUAUCAUUAUUUAUACAUCAAGUCUCUAACUCCAUCUAGUGAUUUUGUAAAAACUGAUUAUUCUCCUAAAACUGAUACUUUAUUUUCGAAUGCAAUUUGUGCAGGCUUUCUUAGACACUUUCACGAUCGUAUCCAUUCAUAUAUUCAUAUUCUUGGUUGUCCAAAUGAUAAGCCUGAUCCACUCGCACUAUAUCUAUCAGAAACUAUGCAAAAUAUGACUACAAAUAAUUCACCUUCCUAA